UGAAUUCAGGCUAUGAUAAUAACAGCGCUGAUGCGGAGACCUUCGACUACUAGUAGUAUUUGGAAAGAAUGGUACGCAAAUUCAAAGCACCGAAUUAGUAUUGUCGCGCGCAGUCUUAUCACCCAGAUUCUUGACUUCUGUCACCAUUAUUUCUCUGUUUUCAAGUUCGCCGCACCAUCUUGGCCCCAUUCGUCGCAAACAGCUGAGGAUGCUCAGCAUAAAAGCUCAGCAUUCUAAGAUCUUUUCUUUGUCAAUUUCUCAUUACAUUGUCGAAUCAUCAUCCUACUAGCGACCUACAUCUUAUACAAUGCCUUUCACCAACGACGGAGUGUAUUCUAUCAGAAACGUUGGCAGAAACCUCAUGCUCGAUCUCACGGCCAACAACACCACUGAAGGCACCCCAAUUCAAGGCUAUCCAUCAGAUAACAACACGGCCCAAAAGUGGGUGAUCAAGAGGCAGAACGAGCCAGGGUCCCCCAACAAGACUGUCACCAUUCAGACCGUCGACAGCGGCAACAAUGGAAAUGGAUUCUUUGCUACUGCGAGCGAGGAUUCGGAUGUACCAGUCGUUUAUACCAAGCAGGCGUUCAUCAUCGACCUUGUUGCACGCGACGACAAUACUUAUACUAUGCACUACACUCUCGGGAGCGCGAACCUGGUGCUGUCCAUUCCGAGUUCGACCAACAAUGCAGUGAAAAUCGAGAAUUACGACGAAGGAACUGCCCGCCAGCAGUGGGAAUUAAUUCGUCUUUCUAAUCUCGCCCCAAUCGCCGGUUAGUUAGGUACCACAGUGACCUUGCAGUGUUCAAAGUCAGCACUGAGCUAUUGGAAAUGUUCUCGCAUAUGUGUACUAGUACUACGUCUCGUGUCUGCUUCUGUCGUUUAUGUGUAUGUUGAUGAAUAGGAUUGCUUUGGUCUGGCUCUCUUAGAGACUUGGAGAUAAGUGGAUAUUUAAAAUGGCCAUCAGUGCCAGUAAAUCAUU